UAUUAACAACUUCUUAAUAUUUAUUAAAAAAAGUUAAACAAAAUUAUGAGCUAUCCAGGCGCAAGAUACCACAAAUACCACCCGAAUACACCAAGUUGCAAGAAUAACUAUGUAUAUUCACAAUUUACACCUAAUAUGGCACCAAAUGCCCAAGGACCUUAUGGAUAUUAUAAUACGGGACCUAACGUACCACCGCCUUAUCAAUAUGAGGCGCCAGUAGCAGGAUAUCAGGCGAAUACGGGAGGACAAACGGGUUAUCCAUAUAAUUUUGAAUAUUCGAACUGUUCAGGGAGAAAAAAAGGAUUAUUUAUUGGUAUUAACUAUAUAAAUACAUCUAGACAGCUUUCAGGAUGUGUUAAUGAUGUAAAUAAUAUUUCACAAUUUGUUCGAGAACGGUAUGGAUAUAAUGUUGAUGAUAUGGUUUUCCUUACAGAUAAUCAAACAAAUCCUCGCUCUAUUCCAACUAAAAGAAAUAUUAUUGAUGCGAUGAAAUGGCUUGUUAAGGAUGCUAGACCGAAUGACAGUCUUUUUUUUCAUUAUAGUGGUCAUGGGGGUCAAAUAGAUGAUCUUGAUGGAGAUGAGGAAGAUGGAAGCGAUGAAGUAAUAUAUCCAUCUGAUUUUGACCGGGCAGGUUAUAUUACGGACGAUGAAAUGCAUAAUAUUCUUGUUAGACCUUUACCACCUGGCUGUCGUCUUACAGCUAUAUUUGACUGUUGUCAUUCUGGAUCUAUUUUAGAUUUACCAUUUACUUAUUCAACAGAAGGAAAACUUAAGGAGCAAAAUCUUCUAUCAGAUUCAGCAAAUAAAAUAUUAAGAGAAGGGCCAUCAACAAAAAAUAUGAUGGGAAUGACUUCUUCUAUUUUUAAAGUAUUUAAAAGAGCUGCAGGCUCUGACAACAGUAUGCAAGCAAAAUAUGCAAAAGCAUCGCCUGCAGAUGUAAUUAUGUUUUCAGGCUGUAAAGAUUCACAAACUUCAGUCGAUACAUGUAUAAGAAACCAAGCUACUGGUGCAAUGAGUUGGGCUUUUAGGAACGCACUUCUAAAGAUGCCAUAUCAAUCAUAUUUACAACUAUUGAAUUCUAUCAGAUUUGAAUUGUCUCAAAAAUAUGAUCAAAAACCCCAACUGAGCUGUUCUCACCCAAUUGAUUUGAAUCGUAUGUUUAUUUUGUAAUAACCUGCUUUGUAUAUAACUUAAAUAAAUUUAUACUCUUAAACUA